GUUCCCAGUCUAGAGGAGAGACUGAGCGAAAGAGAGCAGCGCACUCUGAUUUCUGCAGGCAUGUGAAGAUCCAAACAGAGCUCAUUAUAUACAUAUUCAAGCCUCGUAUUUCUUAUAAAAUCAUUUUCUUUAUAUUUUACUGUUCUGUCUCCCUAAAAAGAGUAUAUAUUUUUACUGCAAAGAUGACAGCGUUAUCUCUACUGUUUAUGGCCGUGUCCAUCGCUUUAAUAACUGCAGAAUCGUCUGUUUAUUUCCGAGAGCAAUUUGAAGACGGUGACACCUGGAGGAGCCGAUGGGUGGAAUCCAAGCAUAAAUCAGACUACGGGAAGUUUGUGCUCUCUGCAGGCAAAUUUUAUGGCGAUGCCGAGAAAGAUAAGGGUCUUCAGACCAGUCAGGAUGCUCAUUUCUACGCGCUGUCAUACCGCUUUGCUGAUUUCAACAACAAGGAUCAGCCCCUCGUGAUCCAGUUCACUGUAAAACACGAGCAGAGCAUUGACUGUGGUGGAGGCUACAUCAAACUUUUCCCAUCAGACCUCAAACAGGAAGAUAUGCAUGGAGACUCCACAUAUAAUAUCAUGUUUGGUCCUGACAUCUGUGGCCCUGGAACCAAGAAAGUCCAUGUAAUCUUCAAUUACAAAGGCAAAAAUCAUUUGAUCAACAAAGACAUUAGAUGCAAGGAUGAUGAAUACACCCACCUGUACACGUUAAUUGUCAAUCCUGACAACACUUAUGAAGUCAAGAUUGAUAAUAAGAAGGUAGAGUCUGGAUCUUUGGAAGAAGACUGGGACUUCCUGCCUCCCAAAAAGAUCAAAGAUCCCGAAGCGAAAAAGCCUGAGGACUGGGACGAGAGAGAGAAGAUUGACGACCCCGAUGACAAGAAACCAGAGGACUGGGACAAACCCGAGAACAUCCCUGAUCCUGAUGCCAAGAAGCCUGAUGACUGGGACGAUGAGAUGGAUGGGGAGUGGGAGCCGCCCAUGGUCACCAAUCCAGAAUACAAGGGUGAGUGGAAACCCCGCCAGAUUGACAAUCCUGCUUACAAGGGGAAAUGGGUGCACCCUGAGAUUGAUAACCCCGAGUACACUGCUGACAACGAAAUCUAUAAAUACGAUAGCAUCGGAGUGAUUGGACUGGACUUGUGGCAGGUGAAAUCUGGCACAAUUUUUGACAACUUCCUCAUUACUAAUGACCCUAAGCUGGCAGAAGAGGUUGGCAAUGAGACUUGGGGUGCCACAAAGGAUGCUGAGAAGAAGAUGAAGGAAGGUCAAGAGGAGGAAGAGAGAAAGAAGCAUGAGGAAGAGGAAAGUACAAGAAAGGAGGAGGCAAAGGAUGAAGAGGAAGAAGAUAAGGAAGAGGAAGAAGAGGAGGAGGAGGAGGAGGAAGAGGAAGAGGAAGAAGAAGAAGAAGAGGAGGAGGAAGAGGAAACAGACUCUAAACUCAAAGACGAGUUGUAGAUUUCAACAGGAACUUGUGAAGAAAUGCACCAUGACUAAUGGGGUGCAAGGCAGAGAACUGGACUAAUGCUGGACAUUCCUUUUUGUUGUCUGUCGGAUGAUUCCGGCAGGAUUUAUUUUUUGUCUCUACUACAAACCUAUUUAUAGAUUAACUUUUUUCAUCAUUUUCAUUUGCAUGAUGUCAAGCAAAGUCCCAAGCAUUUUCAGUUGGGCAGGGUUGAAGGCAGCCAACAUGAAAAUCACACAUCCCCAUCUGUAGUGUGAGAUAUGAUCCAUAAAAAUUCAACGCUCAUGUUUACAAAUGUCAGAUAUCCUGUUUGCUAAGCAAUUCUGUGACAUGAAACUUGAAUCAUAACAGUCAUCAACUGGUAGCUACAAUACACUAGAAUAAUUACCUCAAAAACCAUUAUCGUUAUCUAUUUUGUUAAUAAUAUGGAGCAAAUUUGAGGUACUGUUGCCGCCAUUUCGUUCCCAUUUCACUUCUGUUACAGAAUAUGCCGAGUUGUUUAGAUAGAUGUCAUUUCAUCUGCAACAUUUUGGUUUGACACAGUUGUGUGUGUGUGUGUGUGUGUGUGUGUGUGUGUUGGGUUUGAGAGAGUCCUCACUUUAUUGCAUGUUUCAUCUUAACCCAAACCUCAAAUUCAUAACCUUUUCCUCACUCUUAAUAUCAAUCUAUCAGUGACCAGGUUAAAAUCUUGGUCGUAUACUUUCCUAAACACACUGUGGAUCUCACAAGCUGAUACAAUUUUGAUCUUGCCCUGGUCAGCAAGCAAAUUCUGACUCACCUGGUUUCUCAAGAGUUGAAAUGAAGAAUUUCCAUGUCUGACUGACUGAAUGUUUGGGGAAAGUGAAUUAAUAUCAACAUUCUCUGAUUUCUCGGAGUAGCUGCAAAACUCUUGCGUGUUUGCUUUGGUUCUUUUCAUUAACCGAAUUGCUGAUUUAUUGAAUUUGGCAAAUAUGGUAAUCAGGCCCAAGCUGAACCUGAAGUUAGGAAAAAUGGAAAGCUUGUGAGAUUUCAAGGGUGUUACGAGGAAAGUUCCAUAGCGAUUCUAGUAACACUUCUGCUCUCCAACAGAGAUUUCACAGCCAUUGUGAAUAUUGCACUGCUGUACUGCUUCAGUCAGGAUACUUCUCCCAGCAAAAUAGAUUGUGACCUUUUUUUUUAAAGAUAUAUUUUGUACUUUUUGUGUUUGAAGGAUGUUCCUUGACAUAUUGAGAAGGAAAGCUCUAGUAUGAAAGUUGUUGUCCAAUAAUAAAACUACAAAAAGAGUAA